AUUCUAUAUUCUUCUCUUCUCCCCCACAACGGAGAACCACCCCCGAACUACGCAGAUGCUCUGAGCAAGUGCUUGCUGUUCUAUGAUGGUCAGAGAUCCGGAAAGCUUCCACCCACGCAAAGGCUCACCUGGAGGAAGGAUUCGGCCUUGAAAGAUGGUCAAGAUGCCGGUGUUGAUCUGGUGGGCGGGUACUAUGACGCUGGCGACAAUGUGAAGUUUGGCUUCCCCAUGGCCUACACCGGCACCGUGUUGGCGUGGAGCAUCAUCGAAUUCUCGGAGGAGUUGGGUCCAGAGCUGGCACACGCUCAUGAGGCCUUGCGAUGGCUUACGGACUACUUGCUGAAAGCCACCGCCCAACCCAACAGGAUCUUCGUCCAAGUCGGCGACCCCUACAGCGAUCACAACUGCUGGGAGAGGCCCGAAGACAUGGACACUCUUCGGACAACCUACCAAGUGAACGACACCCACCCCGGCUCGGAGGUCGCCGGCGAGACCGCCGCUGCACUGGCGGCUGCUUCCAUAGCUUUCAGAUCAUCCGAUCCUGCCUAUGCCGACGAGCUGCUGUCAAGAGCAAAGACGGUCUACAAUUUCGGUCACACAUACCAGGGUUCGUACGGCACCAGUCUUGGCAAAUGGGUGUGCCCGUUCUACUGUGAUUACAGCGGCUAUCAGGAUGAACUGUUAUGGGGAGCAGCAUGGCUAAACAGAGCUACCAAUAGCUCACAGUACGAGAACCAUAUCAUCCAUGGCAUUCAGCAGGUGCAGAUGAAGACGCAGCUUAAUGAAACUGCCCGCGAGUGGUUCUUCGGAUGGGAUAAUAAGGAAGCCGGAAUCUACAUCCUCCUACAGACGCAAAAGAAUGAUAGUGAGAACAAUAGACUGGCGCAGGCGUUUGCAUGUUCACUGCUGCCACAAUCUAAAUUCAAGUCUGUCAAAUACACUCCAGGCGGUCUCCUGUACAAUACGCCAGGAUGCAACAUGCAAGACGUGACAGGUUUCUCUUUCCUUCUCCUCGUUUACGCUCGGCAUCUCAUCAAUGUCGGGGAAACUAUCACCUGUGACAACUCUCAGGUUCCCCCCUCAGCACUUAUCGACGUCGCCAGAAGUCAGAUGAAGUACCUCCUCGGACAUAACCCAAAUAAGAUGUCGUACAUGGUGGGGUACGGCACAAAGUUUCCUCAGAUGAUACACCACAGAGGAUCUACGCUUCCGUCGAUGGAUGAGCACCCACAGCGCAUGUAUUGCAGGGACGGGGAGCCCUACUUCAAUACCACAGCCCCCAACCUCAACUUGCUUAUCGGAGCCGUCGUAGGAGGACCAAAUGAUGGAACCGAUAACUUCCUGGACUCGAGAUAUUCUCCGAACCAAACCGAACCCACCACUUACGUCAAUGCACCCUUGGUGGGUCUCUUGGCUUACUUCAACAAAAAUGGAUGA